CCCACCGCAACCGUCGACAGAUGUUUCCCAGCAACGCCGCGAGACCCCGGGCCACGCAUGCGCCGCGCAUGCGCCUGCGAAGCCGGGAGGGGGUCAAAGGGCGCGGGGUGGCGCCUGCGCAGAGCGGCGCGGCGCGGCAAGAUGGCGGAUAAGGAGAAGAAGAAAAAGGAGAGCAUCUUGGACUUGUCCAAGUACAUCGACAAGACGAUCCGGGUGAAGUUCCAGGGAGGCCGCGAAGCCAGUGGAAUCCUGAAGGGCUUCGACCCGCUCCUCAACCUCGUGCUGGACGGCACCAUCGAAUACAUGCGAGACCCUGACGACCAGUACAAGCUCACAGAGGACACCCGGCAGCUGGGCCUGGUGGUGUGCCGGGGCACGUCGGUGGUGCUCAUCUGCCCGCAGGACGGCAUGGAGGCCAUCCCCAACCCCUUCAUCCAGCAGCAGGACGCCUAGCCGGCCUCGGGGGCGGGGUACGGGGCGGCAUGGAGGCCAUCCCCAACCUUUCAUCCCACAGCAGGGCAGUGGCUUCGGGGUACAGGGCAGGCCUGAGAAACUGUCUCCCUCGGACUUCGCCACCGCUGCCACCACGGUGCCACCUGCUGGAACAGGAGCCCCUUCCUUUUUGUAUAGGUUGAAUUUUUGUUUUCUUAAUAAAAUUGCAAACCUCA